AUUUCCAGACGUCCAACUUCUACUUAAGGAAAUUCCCAUAUAGACUGAUGGGAACCGGAGUGGAAGUAACCAGGGUAAUCAGUAAAGGAACUCAAAUAACUACAGACCAGCUUGAUGAAGCUUGAAUCAGCCCCAGUCAACAUAGUCAUUUUGACUACUAGCAAGGGCAUAAAGAAGAGAAUGGCUGGUGACUAUGAUUUUUUAAAAAGUCUGCAGAAUAACUUGCAAGAAUUGAACCAUCUCCGGGCAAAAUACUUAACAUCAACGAAAAGUUCAUCAUCUGUUGGGAUUAAGUUGUUGCUUUCUGAUCAACAGCAACUGCCAGGGGAGAAUAUGAACAUCCAGUCAUUUGCUCCUAGAAAAAGUAUUCGCCAUCGUAAUCCAUAUUGGCCUGAUGAAGAAAUACGGACUUUCAUUGAGAUCUGGGGUGAUGACCAAGUCCAAGCCUCCCUGGCCACCAACUUUCGGAACGAGGCACAGUAUGAGUGGAUCUCUGAUAGGAUGCGAGAAUAUGGCUAUGACCGGGAUAUGAAGCAGUGUCGCUUGCGUGCCAAGGAACUUCGACGAGGAUACAAAGCAAUUGUUUGUGGAAACAACUCUUCUGUGAGCGGUCAACGCGCCUUGCCAUUUUAUGAUUCUUUGAACAGUUUCCUGUGCAUGCACAAGGGUCUUGUGGUGUCCAAAGUUUCUCUAUCUAUAGAUAGGAGGAAUCAUGAGGUCCAAAAAUUGGGCUUCGAGCAAGAAAAAAAUGAAAAGUUAAGUGUUGUCUUGGUUUCUGAUGAUGAUGAAACAUCCAUCCCAGAACCUACAGAUGACUCCAAUGGCUAUUUUCAAGAUGCACGGAUGGAUUCCGAACCUGUAAAUGCCCAGUCUCCAGAUGAUGAAUGGGAACCGCAUGAAGAAGAUGGCCUUCUUGCGAGAGAUGUGGCUUCACCUAGUUUCCCUAAUACAAGAGGAGAUGGUCAUUCCAUCAGCUCAGGCCCAUCUGGCACUUUUUCCAGGGCAUCCCUGGUUGAUGCUGACAGAAUAAGCAACAACCACUGGAAUAGGAAACAAAGGAGACAAACUGAAACUACUUCAGACAUAGUAGAUGCCAUUUCCCAAGUGGGUGACAGACUAGUAAAUGCUCUGUCUGAUUUGCACUCAAAACACAGUGAAACCUCUGAACUUGCACAGAGUAGAGCAUGUGAUUCCCAUAAGGAGGAAUUUACCAUACUUGCCAAUCAUGUAAAUCAGGCUGCUCAAAACAUGGACAAACUGAUUGCUCUCAUGGAAACGUCUACCAGACGGAUAGCAGAGGCCAUGGACAGACAGACGGUUGCCUUGGAGAAUCUGGCACAAUUGUUUGCUGCAAGAGCACCAGCAAUUUCAGUGCCCUUGGCAUCCCAGGAGCAGUCUAUGAUGGUGUCUUCUCCCAGAAAUUGUGUAUCAAUCCCAUGCCCCCCAGCAGAAUUAUACAAUACUGUGAACACUUUAACAGGAAAUUGCACUUCUAAUCAGAAAGCACAAGGUUUGCUUGCUGAAGAUUCUCAACCAGUGGCAAAGAAAAUAAAAACAGAAGAAGACUAAUAUAAUUUGCUCAGAAAUCCUCAAAUGUUCUGUUCUUCUCUCAUAAGAUGAACAUUUCUCCUUAUCACUUAUUUUUACAUGCAGUUGGGGGAAAAUAAGGAAAGUGGAUGGUAUAAAAAUAUU